AUGGAAGCUCCCGCAUCUUCCACUGUGAAGAGUGAGCUACCGACAAUAGUCAUAGUACAAGGCUCCUUCCAAAUUCCCAAAGUGUACGAACAAUUCGAAGGCAGUCUCCGAAAGCAGGGCUAUCCUACCGUUCACCCACGAUUCCCAAGUUGCACAGAUGUGGACGAUCCAGACUUCCCAAAUCGCUCACUGAUCGACGAUGCCCUGGCUGUCCGCAGCGAGUUGAUCCGUCUGGUAGAGUAUGAGCACAAGACCGUAGUUGUGGUAAUGCACUCAUAUGGUGGACUGGUUGGAAGCGAGGCCGUAGCGAAAGACUUGGUCUAUGCUGACCGAAAGGCGCGAGGUCUGGCUGGAGGUGUCAUCCAUCUAUUCUUUUACGCCGCUUUCUUGCUUCCGGAGGGCCAAUCAGUGCUGGGUAAGUUCGGAGAGUCGCCAAAUAGCAUUGUGACGCCCGACGGCCGCUUCAUCAUCAAAAACGCACAGCAGAAUCUCUACAAUGAUUUGUUGCCAGCAGAAGCAGAGUAUUGGGGAUCAUUAUUGAUCUUCCAGUCGCACAAAGUGAAGAAGACAGUACUUACUCGUGCGGCUUGGCGCUACAUCGCUUCAACAUACCUCAUAUGUGAGGGAGAUCAAGCAGUCCCUCCGCAAUAUCAGGAGCAGCUUGCCAAUAUGGCAAGUGCGCACAUUGAGAGGUGCAGUGCUGGGCAUUCGCCUCAGUUGAGUCAAGUCGAGAUGCUUGUGGGGAGCAUUGAUGGCGCUCUGAAGAGGGCUGUAGCUGAGCUUCAGAAGAAAGCCAGUGAGUGA